AUGUCUCUGAAAGGAACUACUUCUUCUUCCUCAAGUCGCACCGUUGGCGUGUUGCUGCCCCCUAAAGACUGGAGGCCUCAACCCCCCCUUUUUUCCUCCAUCUGCUGCUGUGUGAUCCGCGUGUUUGCACACUCCCAGAUGAAGGAGUCGAUAAUGAACCAGGAGAAGCUUGCCAAACUGCAGGCGCAGGUCCGCAUAGGUGGCAAGGGGUCAGCUCGCAGGAAGAAGAAGGUGGUGCACAGAACAGCAACAACAGACGAUAAAAAGCUGCAAUUCUCCCUGAAGAAACUAGGAGUCAACAAUAUAUCUGGUAUUGAGGAGGUGAAUAUGUUCACAAAUCAGGGGACUGUGAUCCACUUUAACAACCCUAAAGUUCAGGCUUCUUUGGCUGCCAACACCUUCACAAUCACAGGCCACGCUGAGAACAAACAGCUAACAGAGAUGCUCCCUGGGAUCCUCAACCAGCUCGGUGCCGACAGUCUUACCAGUCUCAGGAGAUUAGCAGAGAACCUGCCCAAACCAGCUGGAGAAAACAAAGUCCCCAUGGUCGCUGAUGAGGAAGAGGAUGAUGAAGUUCCAGAUCUUGUCGAAAACUUUGACGAGGCUUCGAAGAACGAGGCAAAUUAACAAACGGCGGCCAAAACAAAAGGAGGAAUGGGAGCUUUUUCUGGGCCCCGUUGCUUUGGAAGAGCCGUUCUUGUGUUCAUCUGUUCAUUUCUCUGUGGCAGCAGAAGCUGUUUUUCAUUGUGAAUGUGACCGCCGCGCGAAAACAAGUGAAAUGAACCUUUUCUCGUAACUCUCUAUUUCACAUGAGCUGUUUCGCAGUACAAGUGAAGCUCUUUGAUUUUUGUGGAAUGUGCAUAACCCUCUUUUUCUCAUGCUGCCUGUCCUGCACUGUGAUGCCCACACAUCAAAAAUGUAUUGGUGGAAAUAAUUAUGUAAUAAAAGUGACAUUUAAAGUUUUCUUUUAAUCACACUUCGUGAUAUUUUCCCAGCAUUCAACUUUUAUUUUGUUAGUUGUUUUAAAUACGGA